GCUCUCUGCAUCCCACUAUUAAUGGGAGGUGCAGGGGAUAAUCACACCCAGCAUCCUCACAUCUAUUCACAAAUCUGUGACGUGUACCAGACUCCACUCCCAACAACAAUAAGAAGGGAGGUGGAAACAUGCUGCUGUGCUUCUUCUGUACUGCCUGCUCAUAUCUGGGAAAGGCUGACUGCUUUCUUAGAGCAGCUCCUGCACUGGACAUAACAGCUAUUCCCUCUGCAGUCUGGAGCUGGAAAGUAGCUUCAUCCAGGUAUCUUCCCAAGAGACAUAUCAGUAACAGUGUAGGAGACAAGCUUGCUGCUGAAGACCAUCUCAUACCCCUGAAGCCAGGUCUCUGACUACAGUAUCCAUGGCAACACAAUGAGAGAUCCUGGAGGUCAUAUCAUCACCAUGAGGAGACCAGAGAGCAGCACAAUGACAGAGCCUGGAGGUGGCAGCAUCAGCAUUUAAAGACCAUAUGGUGGCAUAAUGACAAAAGGUGGCAGCAGCAGCAUGAGGGCCAUGCCAACUGAGGGUUGAGUCUGAGGAACCCACCGACUGUUGACUGGGGUGUCGGAUUUAAUAGAAGUUUACCAUGAAUGAAAUGAUGGACAUGAACGUGUCUGUGAAAUGGAUUCCUGAGAAACCCAUCUACAAAAAUCAGACUGAUCAAGAAGGGAACAUAUCCUAUGUAGACUUUUAUCUUCAUCGACCCUCGGUGGCAGCAGUGUUCAUCAUCUCAUACUUGCUCAUCUUUAUCUCAUGCAUGAUAGGCAAUGGAAUAGUGUGCUUUAUUGUUCUCAGUAGCAAGCAUAUGAGAACAAUUACCAAUCUUUUCAUCUUGAAUCUCGCUGUCAGUGAUUUGUUAGUUGGGAUCUUCUGCAUGCCGACUACCUUAAUAGACAACAUCAUUGCAGGUUGGCCUUUUGGAAAUACAGUAUGUAAAAUGAAUGGAAUGGUUCAGGGAAUUUCUGUUUCUGCCUCAGUCUUUACAUUGGUGGCAAUAGCUGUGGACAGAUUCCGUUGCAUUGUUUAUCCUUUCAAGCAGAAGCUGACCACAUCCACAGCUGUUGUUAUCAUCGCAGUCAUCUGGGUGCUGGCGAUUGCUAUCAUGUUUCCAUCUGCAGUUAUGUCUCAUGCAGUAGAAGCUAGACAAUUUCGAGUAAUACUUGGCAUUAACAAUCAAACAGGACCCAUAUAUUGGUGUCAAGAAAACUGGCCUAAUCCACAGAUGAGAAAAAUCUACACAACAGUUCUGUUUUCUAACAUUUACCUUGCUCCUCUCUCUCUCAUCGUAAUAAUGUAUGCCAGAAUAGGUAUUACUCUGUUUAAGAGUGAACUAAAUAUUGAAAAUAAGAAUCACCAACAGCAAAGGCAUGCCAUCUCCAGACGGAAGCAGAAAGUCAUUAAAAUGCUUAUUAUCAUUGCUUUGCUUUUUAUAUUGUCUUGGCUGCCUUUGUGGACCCUGAUGAUGCUCUCUGACUAUGCCAACUUGACAGAAAAUCAGAAACGAAUCAUACAUAUUUAUAUCUAUCCAUUUGCACACUGGUUGGCUUUUUCUAAUAGCAGUAUCAAUCCCAUCAUAUAUGGUUUCUUCAAUGAGAACUUCAGACGUGGUUUCCAAGCAGCCUUCAAACUUCAGCUGUGCACAGAAGAAAUAGAAAGGAGAACAAUGUAUUCACAUAGGGCACAGGGAAACGCCAUAUUACCAACAACUUCCCAAAAUCCCGGGCGACAAGAAUCAGCAUUCGAAAAGCAAAGCAGCGACGAUAAGGAAUCUGAUAAAAGAAAACCAUUGACAAGUGACCAAGACUUGAUUAUGGAAGACUUAGAAAAAAUGUCUAAUAACAAUGGGAUUCAGAAAGAUAUGUUGUGAGAAAUGAUAAGGAGCCUCUCCAGAAUUGACGCAUGAAUUGCAUUUGUAAAAUGUCCAUUUUUAAUAUGUAUUUCUCAAAUCCGGAAUGUAUGUACACGAUGUACAUUUUUUUGCUCACCAAUAGACAUGUUUUUUGUACGGCGCUUUGUACAACCAUCACAUUGAAUGCCUCUAUAUGAUGUGAGUUUUUAUGCAAUAACUCUUCUCAAGCUAAUGUAAAUACAUCUGUCAGUAUUUUUGUUAAAGUAUGACAUGCACUAUAUUAUGUAAAAUGUAACUGGGUAUAUUAAAAUUUUAUAC